AUGGCUUUACUCUAUGAAGUCCUGAACACUUAUGCUGUUGCCUCCCCCGAGUACAUCAAAUACAGGAUGCAUGUGGCAGAAGCGAUUGCUACUCGACUCCAUUGCUGCAUCUGGAAGGGAGCGAGCCUAGGGAAUCCUGACUACACACACGCGGAAGAGCUUGUGGCACAGCGUGUGGAGGGGCGUGUGGAGGGUCGUGUGAUGGUGCAUAUGGAGGGGUGUGUAGAGGGGCGUGUAGAGGGUUGUGCAGAGAGGUGCGCAAAGGGGAGUGCCAAGGGGAUUGCAGAGGGGUGUUCUGAGGGGUGUGCAAAAGGGUGUGCGGAGGGGCAUGUGGAAGGACGUGUGGUUGAACGAAUGGAGGGGCACCUGAAGUCGUAUGCAGACAGGAACUUGCAGAAGUGUGCAGAUGGGCAUGUGAUGGGGCAUGUGAAGGGGCAUGUGAAGGGGCUUGUGGAGGGGAAUGCGGAGGGAAAUGUGAAGGGGCAUGUGAAGGGGCAUGUGAAGGGGCUUGUGGAGGGGAAUGUGAAGGGGCAUGUAAAGGGGAUUUUGAAGGGGUGUGUGAAGGGGCAUGUGAAGGGGAGCGUGAAGGGGCAUGUGAAGGGGAGCGUGAAUGGGCAUGUGAAGGGGAGCAUGAAUGGGCAUGUGAAGGGGAGCGUGAAUGGGCAUGUGAAGGGGAAUGUGCAAGGGAAUGUGCAGGGGAAUGUGCAGGGGAAUGUGCAGGGGAAUGUGCAGGGGAAUGUGCAGGGGAAUGUGGAGGGGAAUGUAUUGGGGGAUGUGAAGGGGCAUGUGAAGCAUCUUCCUCUUGACUAG